AUGUCGGCGCUAACCCCUUCCUUACCGGAGGAGGGCAGCAGCCCCGUCCGCGUCGAAACAAUCACCCACGACGACGGCCGCCAGGUCGCCGUGCUCCGCGACCAGCGCGGCAACGUCAUCUACCCGUCCUAUGUACCGCCAGAGACGCAACCCCCAGGCGCCACGCCCAGCGCGCCGCUGCCAGCACAUCCACCCCAGGAAACCGAGGCGGGACCGAGUCAUCAGCAGGAGAUCGCGCCCCAGGAUGCGAGUGAUGAAGUCGCGCUUGAUGUGCACGGUCCCCGGCCGCCGCAGGUGAGGAGGGGUAUGUCGGGGGCGGUGCGGCGCGGGGGGGCGGAGGUUGAUGGGGUGGACCGGGCGGCUACUGCUGUACGGGAGGGAGAGAGUGUAUCUUCUUCGUCUUCGUCGUCCGAAUCCGACGAUGACGAGGAUGACGAUGACGGCGAGGAGGAAUCCCAGCGGGGCUCCUCCAAACAGGAAAGGCAAAGGAAGCCACACCAGAAAAAGGACGACGAAGACAGCCGGUUCCGCCGCUUCCACUUCAGCAACGAGCACUACCGCACCCACGGCAAGGUCUCCAAGCGCGACGGCCGCCUGGCCAUCUCCCUCAGCGACAUGAGCAACACGGGCUACCUGGCCAAGGCGCUGGGCACCGCAGCACGCAAGAUGGCGCCCCUCGCCAAACUCACCGAGGAGGCAGGCAAGGAAGGGAAAGGGGAGGGCAAGGAGGGCAAGCAGGGCAAGGAGGGCAAAAAGACGACAAAACCCCCAGCACCAGGAGCAGCAGCAAAACCCCCCACCACCACCACCACCACACCCCCAACCGCCCACCCCCGCCCCCCACGCCUCAACAUCGUAAUCAUGGUCAUCGGCUCCCGCGGCGACGCGCAGCCCUUCCUUCAAAUCGCGCGCCUGCUGCACACGCAACACGGGCACCGCGUCCGCAUCGCCACGCACCCGGCCUUCCGCACCUUCGUAGCGGACGACUGCCCCGGGGUCGAGUUCUUCUCGGUCGGCGGCGACCCGGCCGAGCUGAUGUCCUUCAUGGUGAAAAACCCCGGCAUGAUCCCGACGCUGGAGACGGUGCGCGCGGGGGAUGUGGGCCGGCGGCGGGCGAGUAUGGCGAGCAUGUUUCGGGGGUUUUGGAGGGCGUGUAUCAAUGCCACGGAUGAGGAGGUGGAUGUGGGCAAUGUGAGGAUGAUGGGGGAAAGGGAUCCCUUCGUGGCUGAUGCCAUUAUCGCGAAUCCGCCUAGUUUUGCGCAUAUCCAUUGUGCCGAGGCGUUGGGCAUACCCGUGCAUUUGAUGUUUACGUUUCCGUAUACGCCCACGCAGGCGUUUCCGCAUCCGUUGGCGAGUAUCAAGAGGUCGAAUGUCGAUCCGGGGUAUACGAAUUGGAUUUCGUAUCCGUUGGUUGAGAUGAUGGUGUGGCAGGGUUUGGGGGACUUGGUGAAUGAGUUUCGCGUGGGCACGCUGGGGCUGGAUCCGGUGUCCACGUUAUGGGCGCCGGGCACGGCCUAUCGGCUGCAUGUGCCCUUCACCUAUCUCUGGAGCCCCGGACUGAUCCCCAAACCGCCCGACUGGGGCGACGAGGUGGACGUGGCGGGGUUUGUGUUUCUGGACCUGGCAUCCUCGUUCGACCCGCCCAAAGAGCUAGCGAAAUUCCUCGAGGACGGCGACGAACCACCCGUGUACAUCGGGUUCGGGUCCAUCGUGGUGGACGACGCGGACCGGUUCACCAACAUGAUCUUCGAGGCCGUCAAGAAGGCCGGGGUGCGGGCGCUCGUGUCCAAGGGGUGGGGCGGGCUAGGCGCCGACAGCCUCGACGUGCCGGACGGCGUGUUCAUGCUCGACAACACGCCGCACGACUGGCUGUUUCCGCGCGUCCGGGCCUGUGUGAUCCACGGCGGCGCCGGCACCACGGCCAUCGCGCUCAAGUGCGGCAAGCCGACUAUGAUGGUGCCCUUCUUUGGCGACCAGCACUUUUGGGGCAGCAUGGUGGCGAGUGCGGGCGCGGGGCCCGAGCCCGUACCGUACAAGCACCUGACGGCGGAUAAGCUGGCCGAGGGGAUCAAGUACUGUCUCACGGACGACGCUAGGAAGGCGGCGGAAAGGAUCGCCAAGGAUAUCGCCGAAGAGGGGGACGGGGCUGAGAAUGCGUGUCGGGCGUUUCAUAGGGGGCUGGUAUUGCACGGGACUCGGUCGAUGAGAUGCUCCAUUCUGCCUGACCGAGUAGCUGUUUGGCGGAUGAAGGGGACGGGGUUGAGGUUGAGUGCGGUGGCGGCCGAGAUGCUGGUGGAAAAGGGGCUGUUGUCAUGGAAGAAACUGCACUUGUUGAGGCACAACGAGUGGAACGACUUUGAGGGGCCUGGCGAGCCGCUGACGGGGGCGGCUGGGUCGUUGAUGACUUCGGUGGGGAAUGUCUUUGGUGGUGUUGGAAAGGUGCCGUAUCGGAUCGGGAAGGGGGCGAAGAAAAGGAAAGAGAAGAAGAAGCAGAAGAAGGAACAGCGGGAGGGGAAGGAUACGAAAUCAGGGGAUAAUAAACAAAACUCGGAGGAGCGUCAACAAAACCCAGGGGAUUCAGAACCCGACGAUUCUCAGCAUAGCGACCACAACGAAGACGUCCCCCACAUCAAAACAACAACGACGCAUGUCAUGAGCCGGCAGCGGACAGCUUCCACAACCGGCACCGGCCCCGUGGAAGACGCAGCUCGCCAGGUGGGCCGCGGGGCGGUCAAAUCGGCAUCCGCCCUCGCGCGCACCCCGGUUGACCUGAUCCAGAGCCUUGCCCAGGGCUUCCACAAUGCGCCCCGGCUCUACGGAGACGACACGGUCCGCCGGCCGACGCGGGUGACGGGGAUCAAGUCCGGGCUGCGAGCCGCCCGGCGCGAGUUUGGGUACGGGAUAUACGACGGAUGGACGGGCGUAGUCCGCCUUCCGGUGCGAGGCGCCCGUGACGAUGGGUUGCGUGGGUUUGUCCCGGGGCUGGGCAUGGGACUUACCGGGUUUGUCCUGAAGAAUAUCGCUGCCAUCAUUGGGCCGGUGGGUUAUACCCUGAAGGGGGUCGUGAAGCAGGCCGAGCGGCGGCGACAGCCCAUCAAGUAUAUCCGGAGAGCCAGGGUUGUGCAAGGACAAAGAGAAAGGGGGCUGCUGUCCGAGGACGAGCGAAGAAAGAAGGCGGAAGAGGUGGUUGCCGGGUGGAGGCUGAUGAGGGAGCUAUGGGAGGUGAUGAAGCGGGCGGAGAGAAAGGGAGAGAAGGGCUUGAGGGGGAGGUUUAGCGGCAACGCGAGAAGGCUGAGGAAGAACCCAGAGUGGGAGACCGUGUUUGAGAACGUAGACGCUGCACAGAGGGCGAUGGAUGGUUUAAAGAGGGGCGAUGGGCUCGACAGUGUUCUGGGAAAGAAGACGGCUGCGGCGAUCGACUCGGACGCGGCCCCGCCGAAGGAAGUAAACGACAACAACGACAACGACCUUGACAACGGUUCUUCCACACUCGCCGACAAGGACGCGCCCAGCUCGCCGCAUGACUCUGGGCACGGUAUCCCGGUGGAGGAGGUUUCGGCCAAGCCGGCGCCGGACGAUGAGGGGACGGAAAACGAGAAUCCCUUCGCAGCCACCACCCCCGCCAUCGCCGAGAACAAGGCUGAGAACAGGCAAACCAUGGCGGCGAUGGAAAUCCAAGCGUCGACUUGA